AUCCCGAGAUGUUCUCUUGAGAGGUGGCAGCACGAUCCGGAAGGUGAAAGUCCCACGAUCAAGAGGGAAGGAGUGGUGGUGCACAUAUAGAGGGGCGGAGAGGGCGCGGCUUGUCCAGACGUUCUCUGUCCUGACGACGACGACGAUGUCGCCGAAGUUGAUAUUUCUGCUGGGAUCCCUGUGUCUACUCGCCGGGACGCAGGUCAGAGCGCAAGAUGAGGAAGGCGGCGACGGGCUCGACGCGAACGCCGAGGAACUUUGUCAAGACCGGCCGGGCGACGAAUACUUUCGCUUGAGCGUUGAGGGAGAUUGUCGUGAUGUCGUGAGGUGCGACAAAGCCAGCGAGAUCGGCGUGACCAGGCUGGCGACGGUGCGGUGCCCCACGGGUCUCGCGUUCGACAUCGAGCGGCAGACCUGUGACUGGAAGACGAACGUGAAGAACUGCGAUCAGCUUGAGAAGCCGCGUAAGGUCUUGCCCAUCCUCAAGACCGACGAACCCGUUUGCCCGGAGGGAAAAUUGUCGUGCGGUAACGGCGAGUGCGUCGACAAGGAACUCUUCUGUAAUGGCAAGCCCGACUGCAAGGACGAGUCCGACGAGAACGCCUGCACCGUGGAGACCGAUCCCAAUCGCGCGCCGGAUUGCGAUCCCACGCAAUGCGUCCUACCCGAUUGCUACUGUUCGGCCGAUGGCACCCGUAUACCCGGCAACAUCGAUCCCCAGCAAGUACCGCAGAUGAUCACGAUCACUUUCAACGGCGCCGUGAACGUGGACAACAUCGAUCUCUACGACGAGAUUUUCAACGGGCAACGCCAGAAUCCGAACGGUUGCCAAAUCCGCGGUACUUUCUUCGUUUCUCACAAAUACACCAACUAUUCGGCGGUGCAGGAUCUUCAUCGGCGCGGCCACGAGAUCGCGGUGUUCUCUUUGACGCACAAGGAGGAUCCGCAGUAUUGGAGCCAAGGCACGUACGACGACUGGCUGGCGGAGAUGGCCGGCGCCAGGCUGAUCAUCGAGCGUUUCGCUAACAUCACCGAUGGCUCCAUCAUCGGCGUACGGGCACCUUAUCUCAGGGUCGGCGGUAACAAGCAGUUCGAGAUGAUGGCCGAUCAGUUCUUCGUGUACGACGCCUCCAUCACCGCGUCUCUGGGACGUGUGCCAAUUUGGCCCUACACGUUGUACUUCAGAAUGCCCCACAGGUGCAACGGCAAUGGCGGUAAUUGCCCGUCGAGGUCGCAUCCAGUCUGGGAGAUGGUGAUGAACGAGCUGGACCGCAGGGACGACCCCACCUUCGACGAGUCCCUGCCGGGUUGUCACAUGGUCGACUCUUGCUCAAAUAUCCAAACCGGCGAACAGUUCGCUCGUCUGCUCAGACACAACUUCAAUAGACAUUUCAACAGCAACCGAGCGCCACUCGGUUUGCACUUCCACGCGUCCUGGCUGAAGAGCAAGAAGGAGUACAAGGACGAGCUGAUCAAGUUUAUUGAGGAGAUGAUCGCCAGAAGUGACGUGUACUUCGUUACUAUGGUGCAGGUGAUCAAGUGGAUGCAACAGCCCACUGAGCUCUCUGCACUUAGAGAUUUCCAGGAUUGGAAGGAAACUUGUGACGAAAAGGGUUUGCCUUAUUGCUCGUUGCCCAACGCUUGCCCUCUGACGACUAGAGAGCUGCCCGGCGAGACCCUGCGUCUCUUCACUUGCAUGGAGUGCCCCAACAACUAUCCAUGGCUGCUGGAUCCGACCGGCGACGGCUUCUCCGCGAGAAAGUGAUCCAUCAUUGACGAAAUGCGAGCGACGCGCCGACUGGCCGUGCGAUCCGACUAUCAGAGAUCGAGCGUUUUUCCAGCGAGUCCGGAAAUCACGUUAGGUAAAAUGUGAUAAUCGACCACGGCGAACCGAAGAAACCGAAAGGCGCAGCUCUGAAAGACACGGAGAAAGCGAUCGGGCGACGGGCGCGUUUUGAGGCGCGAGAUUUCGGGUGAGAUCUCGAAAUCGUCUUAUCACAAUUAGAAAGCGUCACCUUCUUGGCCACUCGAAGAUCGAACACUAAUAUUAAAGUGAAGCGAAGCGCCUCUGCUUUCGCAAAGAAAAACGCACCACGCCCGGUUUCUCUUCCGCGACUCGACUAUAACUAUAAUUAUUAUUUAUGUAAAUUAGGAUCAGUAAAACGCACAUCGCCGCAUGCGGCCGCGAGGAUAGUCGCGUGUCGAUUUCUCGUAGGAAAUGUCAUCGCGUAUGAUCGCCGACGAAACGCUCGCGGGAAGAAGCCUCUUCUUUCUUCUACCCGUGUAAUGAAAGCGACGAGCUGCGCCUUGAGAUAUGACUAUCGAAAAUCGAUGCACGAUGAGAGAACGAGACAAUCCCGCAGACAUUUUACUUGUACAUACCACCGGAUCCUUGUCCCCACUCCUUUUCAAUUCUCGUUCUUCGUUGUUUUCUGGCGAUUUGUAUAUGAUAACAGAGCCUUGCGGCCGAUGAAGCGAGAGGCGAAAAAUUAAAUAUAUCAUCCCGUGCCUCUCUGGACAUGUACUUAGAAUUUAAGCAACGCGCGACAUUGUAAAAGUACAUAUUUUUUAGUGUUCUUAUAAUAUAUGUCCGAAUAAAAACUGUACGUACAAGAAUAGCAUGUCGGUAUUACUGAUUGUCCCGCAGUCAUCGUACAAUAUAUUUUAUAUAAUUAUGAUAUAUAAAAUAUUAAAAAGUUGCUAGAUUAGAUAAUAAUUAAUUAUAUUCAAAGAUCUCUUAAUGCGAAGGGGAUUGCAAUAACUUUAGAUUCAAAAGAGGUAAAUGGUAUCGUAUCAAAUUACCAAGUUUAAUAAUUGCAAAUAUCUAAAUUUCAAUGUCUACUAGCUUACCAUGAAAUCUUCGCAUUUUAAGUAAAAAAUUUUGUUUUUAUACAUUAUAAAAAUUGGCAACAAUUUGGAACACAAAGUUUUUAAAAAUUUCUCGAAUUUAUUAGUGAUUUUUGCUACUAAAAGUUAAAGUCACGAAAUAAAAGGACAAAAAAUAAAAAAUUUAUAAAAAUCAAAUAUCUAGUGUUUUUAAUUUAAGAAAUUUUGUGUUAUAAGCGUUUCGACUUCGUGUAAGCCAGUUUACACAAAUUAGAUAUGCAAUUUUGUACAAUUUUACACAAUCGAAAUUUUUUCUACAAUUUCGUACAAUUUUAUGUUCAAUAAUUUUCGACCAAAUCUAUCAUUUUGUACAUAAGUCUUAACUUUAUCUGAUUAUUAUUGUUAUGAAUAUCUUUGCGUUAUUAUUGUACAAGUUUGUGCGAGUAAAUUUGUGCAAGUAAUUGUAAAGUAAAUUUGAAAGUUUCUUUGCAUAAAA